UUGUGGGACUCAGCCGGCUCAGUUCCGGCGUCUUUCCAGCGCCCUGCUUCCAGCCUUCGGUGCUGCUUUUCAGAGGUGCAAUGGGGGAAGCGGAGAAGUUUCACUACAUUUACAGCUGUGAUUUGGAUAUCAACGUGCAGCUUAAGAUAGGAAGUUUGGAAGGGAAGAGAGAACAAAAGAGUUAUAAAGCUGUUCUGGAAGACCCAAUGUUGAAGUUUUCAGGAUUAUACCAAGAGACAUGCUCUGACCUUUAUGUUACUUGUCAAGUUUUUGCAGAAGGGAAGCCUCUGGCCUUGCCAGUGAGAACGUCCUACAAGGCGUUUAGUACAAGAUGGAACUGGAAUGAAUGGCUAAAACUGCCUGUGAAAUACCCUGACCUGCCCAGGAAUGCCCAAGUGGCUCUGACGAUAUGGGAUGUAUACGGACCAGGAAAAGCGGUGCCUGUGGGGGGGACAACGGUUUCGCUCUUUGGAAAAUACGGCAUGUUUCGCCAAGGGAUGCAUGACUUGAAAGUCUGGCCUAAUGUAGAAGCAGAUGGAUCAGAACCCACAAAAACUCCUGGCAGAACAAGCAGUACUCUCUCAGAAGACCAGAUGAGCCGCCUUGCCAAGCUCACCAAAGCCCAUCGGCAAGGACACAUGGUGAAAGUAGAUUGGCUGGACAGAUUGACAUUUAGAGAAAUUGAAAUGAUAAAUGAGAGUGAAAAACGAAGUUCUAAUUUCAUGUACUUGAUGGUUGAAUUUCGCUGUGUCAAGUGCGAUGAUAAGGAAUAUGGUAUUGUUUAUUAUGAAAAGGAUGGUGAUGAGUCAUCUCCAAUUUUAACAAGCUUUGAGAUAGUGAAAGUUCCUGACCCUCAAAUGUCCAUGGAGAACUUGGUUGAGAGCAAACACCACAAGCUUGCCCGGAGUUUAAGAAGUGGACCUUCUGACCAUGAUCUCAAACCUAAUGCUGCCACAAGAGAUCAAUUAAACAUUAUUGUGAGUUAUCCACCAACUAAGCAACUCACAUAUGAAGAACAAGAUCUUGUUUGGAAGUUUAGAUAUUAUCUUACUAACCAAGAAAAAGCUUUGACAAAGUUCUUGAAAUGUGUUAAUUGGGAUCUACCUCAGGAGGCCAAGCAGGCAUUGGAACUGCUGGGGAAAUGGAAGCCAAUGGAUGUAGAAGAUUCCUUGGAGCUGUUGUCCUCCCAUUACACCAACCCAACAGUGAGGCGCUAUGCUGUGGCCCGGCUGCGGCAGGCAGAUGAUGAGGAUUUAUUGAUGUAUCUAUUACAGUUGGUCCAAGCUCUCAAAUAUGAAAAUUUUGAUGAUAUAAAGAAUGGAUUAGAACCUACCAAGAAGGACAGUCAGGGGUCAGUGUCAGAGAGUGUGUCAAAUUCUGGAAUAAAUUCUACAGAAAUAGACAGCUCCCAAAUUAUAAACAGCCCUCUUCCUCCAGUGUCUUCUCCUCCUCCUGCAUCUAAAACAAAAGAAGGUUCAGAUGGUGAAAAUCUGGAGCAAGAUCUCUGUACCUUCUUGAUAUCAAGAGCCUGCAAAAACUCAACACUGGCUAAUUAUUUAUACUGGUAUGUUAUAGUGGAAUGUGAAGAUCAAGAUACUCAGCAGAGAGAUCCAAAGACCCACGAGAUGUACUUGAACGUAAUGAGACGAUUCAGCCAAGCCUUGCUGAAGGGCGACAAGUCUGUCCGAGUCAUGCGUUCUUUGCUGGCUGCACAGCAGACGUUUGUCGAUCGGCUGGUGCAUCUGAUGAAGGCCGUACAGCGGGAAAGCGGAAAUCGUAAGAAAAAGAAUGAGAGACUGCAGGCAUUGCUUGGAGACAAUGAAAAGAUGAACUUGUCAGAUGUGGAACUCAUCCCUUUGCCUUUAGAACCCCAGGUGAAAAUAAGAGGAAUCAUCCCAGAAACAGCUACCCUAUUCAAGAGUGCCCUUAUGCCUGCACAGUUAUUCUUCAAGACAGAAGAUGGAGGCAAAUAUCCGGUUAUAUUUAAGCAUGGGGACGAUUUACGCCAGGAUCAACUUAUUCUUCAGAUCAUUUCACUCAUGGAUAAGCUACUACGGAAAGAAAAUCUGGACUUGAAGUUAACGCCCUAUAAAGUAUUAGCCACUAGUACGAAACAUGGCUUCAUGCAGUUUAUCCAGUCAGUUCCUGUUGCUGAAGUUCUUGAUACAGAAGGAAGCAUUCAGAACUUUUUUAGAAAAUAUGCACCAAGUGACAAUGGGCCCUAUGGGAUCAGUGCUGAGGUUAUGGACACUUAUGUUAAAAGCUGUGCUGGAUAUUGUGUGAUUACAUAUAUACUUGGAGUUGGAGACAGGCACUUGGAUAACCUUUUGCUGACAAAAACAGGCAAACUCUUCCACAUAGACUUUGGAUACAUUUUGGGUCGGGAUCCGAAGCCUCUUCCUCCCCCAAUGAAGCUGAAUAAAGAAAUGGUGGAAGGAAUGGGGGGCACACAGAGUGAGCAGUACCAGGAGUUCCGCAAGCAGUGUUACACGGCUUUUCUCCACCUUCGCAGGUAUUCUAAUCUGAUUUUGAACUUGUUUUCCUUGAUGGUGGAUGCAAACAUUCCAGAUAUUGCUCUUGAACCAGAUAAAACAGUGAAAAAGGUUCAGGAUAAAUUUCGUCUAGACCUGUCAGAUGAGGAGGCGGUGCAUUACAUGCAGAGUCUGAUUGAUGAGAGUGUCCACGCUCUGUUUGCUGCGGUGGUAGAACAGAUUCACAAGUUUGCCCAGUACUGGAGAAAGUGAAACUGAGUUUGGUCCAUCAAGAUGCUUGGCUCUAAGAAAACGACCUUAGAAGCAACCUGUGUAUAAUGAAGACCAGAGUAACAAGCAAGAAAGAAUAUUUGAUCUUUGAGAUGCCAGACAUGCUGAAUGUUACAUGGGUCUGAGUUCCUUGGAUGCCAUUGCUUAAAUAUGGUCUUGAAGGGUUUUGUUUUGAAAUACUGUAUAUAUUUAUUUUUAAAUGUACACAUUUUUAAUAACCUAGGAAGUGAGAAGCUUAUUCUAGGAUCAUGUACAUAAGAGAGUUUGGGAGGAAUUUUAUGUUGAAAUAGUAAAACACUGUAGUCUUUGCGUUUGAAACGUCCUUUUUCCCUUCGUCCCUUUACAUCGGGAGAGCAGUUAUAGGAAUUUGGAUUAAUUGUCUCAGUUUAGAAGGUUUUGUUUGGUUUUGUUUGUCUGCUCCCAUCCCUCAGUAUUUGUUUGUUUUUGCCUAAUUUACAAUACUUAAAGAUUUACAUGUUAUAGCUCAUUCUUUUAUAGCUUAUUUUAAAUAAGACACUUAUUUUCUCUUAUAAAUAUACUGGUUUGGGUGUUUUCUGAAAACUGGAGUUCACAGUUCUCCUAGGUUGUAAAUACAUAAAGCAGGAUGUGAACAUGUAGCCAGGUCUGAUAACAGCAAAAGGUAAUACAACAGCAGCUUUCACUGUUGAACUCAAGGUAUUUUUACAUGUACAUGUAAGCAAAAAUGUCUUUAUGCAAUACAGCAAUACAUUUUUUUAUGUAAAUGUAGUUUUUAAAUGCCUUUGAAAUAGCUCCCCUAGACAUGUUAAUGUAAUAUAUCCUCUCUGGUUUUACCAGAUUACUUUUUAUCUUUUAAGACUAGACUUCUCACUAAUCUCUCUAGCUUUUUUGUCUUAUGCAACUUUGGAAAAAAGGAAUGCACACAGAUGAGAAGCUUAACACAAGAAUAAUCCUUGCAAAUCAAUAUGUUGUAUAGUCAUGUGACUUUGUUUUGGAAGGAAAAGAACAUCUCAUUUUCUUGAUGCUAAAUUAUUAAAUAUCAAAUGACAGAAAAGAUUAAGGUCAACUUAAGGCACCGUUCCAGAGAAUGCCGUUAAUUACAGCGUUUGUCUCCAAAUUCUCUUCCUCAGUUGGUCUCUUAGAGCAGGGUUACCAACUGGAAAGGAAGCAUGUGGUUAGGAGAUAUCCUGGAGGUGUGUGGACUGUGAUUUCUAUAAAACACACAUGCAGAUUAGAAUGGUAAAGAUGAAAAGACCUUUGCAAAUCUUUGUAAGAGUUUUCUUGAAACAAUCCUGUUGAAAGUGACCUCUCCGGCCUUCUGAAUUCUUUUA